CUGUCCGAGCCAUACGGUGGGGCCACACUGCAAACUUCUCACCCGGCAUUUCGAGCCAUUCGGUCUCGCUUCUCGAUCAGGAAACUCAUCUGUACCCUCAUUCAUGGUGUUGCCCUCACUACCCACUUGUUCACAACUGCACAUCACCAUCUUCGUGCUGACUCAGCACAAAACUGGCAACAUUCUCAGCUCCCAGUCACGAGUCGAUAAAAAUUCUCGACUCUUCAACCUGCUCCUCGAUGACGGAAAACCCAAGUUCACCAUCAGGAGUAGCGGGCGAAAACCUCCGAAAAAUUUGACUCUGCAGAAAAAUAUCUCGGACAAUGUUUGGCAUCGACUCGACAUUUUUUGGAUUAAUGAGACGGUGACUGUGAUGCUGGAUCACUGCGUGGACACAGGUUCAGAUCCCUUCGCCUCGACCAGCCAAACAACAUCCAGUCUUUCCCUCGAGUCCACCCAAUGCCGGGGCUCUCUUCCCCUUACCUACAACGAAGGCCCCAUCGGUUGGGGAGCGCCUCUCCAUCUUGGGGGACGUUAUGAGAACCCCAAAUCUUCACACGAGAGGAAAUCUCUUAACUCUGAGGAUGAUUUUCACGGCUGCUUGUCGCACGUGCGCGUCAACAAACAAUUCCAGGACCUCGGGUCGCCAGGCGCCAUGACCGCGAGCGUGGCUGGCUGUCGCGCCCUCUCCUGCUUCCGGCCCUCGAACGCGUGUCCUCGCAACGCCCGAUGCCAGGGGUCGCCAGGCGCGGAGCAGUGCGCGUGCGCACCGGGGCGGGCGGGUGCCAGCUGUACGACCGAGGCGCCGUCUCUCUUCUUCCUCAGCAAGAGUUACGUCAACGUCGCUCUUGCCUUCACCCCGCCCGAGUAUUGGGCGCAAAUCGAGUUAAGGUUCCGGACGCGGACAAGCGACGGCACACUUGUGCUUCUGCGGUCACGUCACCGCACAGACUGGCUGAGUGUGGAGCUUCAGACCGCCAGUGUUUGUCUUGUCGUUGGCUUGGACGGUCGUGUGUGUACUUCGCUCUGCGUGACUAAAAAAUUGGACGACGGAAAUUGGCAUCAUGUCGUGGCGAAGAGGCACUCGGAGUUGCUGGAGAUCGCCGUAGACGAGGCGGAGCAAGACACGUACGCCAGCGCUCUGCUGCCAGAGCUGCGGAGUUUACCUUUCAGCGUCAGCAGACAUGGCGGCGUGUGGCUGGGAGGUGUGGCUGAGAGUUCAGACGUUUCCUUCAGACCUGCGGAUGUUGCCACUAAAACUAUGGAUGUUCUCUCAAGAUCUUUGGAUGUAGAUCCUGUAUCUGGGGAUGUGGCCACUAGAUCCUUGGAUGUGGCGCAGCAAGCUGUGGAUGAGGCCCCGAAAUCCCUUGAUUUUUCAAAGGGAUCAGUAAAAGUCAAACGGAAUUCUCCAGAUGCAACUGAGACAUUGCUACUAUCAUCAUCGAAUUUCGUUGAAGGUGAAACUCCUGUCUCUACUCAGCAGCAACGCGAGGCUCCUUCGCUUACCAACCAAUCGAACUCCCAGCGGCGGGUCUCUGGAAGAUGGGACUAUCAUCGGCUCCCUGGCUUCGAAUAUUUCAAAUUUUUCUGCAGGAAACGAUCUCGAUCUCGCCGCCUGAGGAGGAAUAGAGUCGAGCGGGAUGGAGGCAGCUUGUGGAACGAUUUUAAUAAUGGCUGUUUGUCUGCCGUGCGCGUCUUUGGACAUUUGCUGCCCUUGCAUGAUAUUACUGAUAAGAACAACAACAGCAAGAAUAUGAGUCAUGCAUCUGGCUCAGUAACGUCUUAUGCUAACGUCAUCGCGGGCUGCACGUCGCCAUCUGUGUGCACCAACACCAGCUGUCCGCCACCUCUAACCUGCGGCCACAGCUGGGGCCUAGCAACCUGCGGGUGCGCUGCCGGCGAGGAACUGUCGCGUGACGGCACCGCGUGUAUAGACGUCGACGAGUGCCGCUACGACCCUUGCCUCAAUCUUGGCGUUUGUGUUAACACUCAACCUGGGUACCGCUGUGCCUGCGGACCGACGUACAGCGGACAGCACUGCGAGUGGGGCGCCGCCGAGGCGCUGGACGCUCCGUAUUCCCUUCGCUUGCUGGUGACUUCAGCGACCGCCUCAGCAGCUGCACUGUUGCUCAUUAUCAUAUGCUGCCUCUUGUGCAUCGUUCUGAGGAAAAAACUGGGAAAGAAAUCGCCACGUUGUUGCAGUGAGAGCGAGGCGCCGGGCCACCGAACGAACGUCAACCCAAGACGCGCGUCGUCAGCGUCGACGAAAGACGGUCUGACGUCUCUGUCCGAACUCGCAGGAUUAUCGCCGGGGUCUUGUUCUAUGACUCCUACGUCUUAUUCCUACCAUCUACGAGGAAAAGAUCACUUGUGUUCUACAGAUCAAACUGGACGCAGAGAGACGUCGUUGUCAGUCAUAGAAAACGGCCCGCCACAGAUGUACAUUGCAGGCAUGGACCUCGUUAAUUUACCACCCCCAAACGGCGGGUCCACAAACAUGGAAGACCCGGACAUACUUCUCCCUCCACCGCCCCUGCACUUCAACCCCAGUGAUACAACCUUCGGGUUCGAUGGUGGAGGUCUGAACUCCAGCGCAGGUUCCAUUCAUUAACCCAGUUACGAAGACUUGACUGAAAACGUUAGCCAAUUACUCAACGUUUGUAUGAAAUAUUACAAAUGCUACUGAUAAAACUAA